AUGAUUCGAGGAGCGCUUCUUGGAAUCAUCUGGAUGACAUAUUGUGUUUGCGCAUCAUUCCAACAAGAGACGACGUUCAUCUACAAUGGCUUCCACCAAGGAGACCAUCAUAUUCACCUACAGGAAGGUGCAAAAAUCAUUCCAAAAAAAGAUGUCCUGCAACUGACUAAUGCAACCUCAACACAAAUAGGUCGUGCUUUCUUCGCCAAGCAUAUUGAGUUCAAACCAUCUGAACCUGUCUCGUUCUCUACUCAUUUUGUGUGCGCGCUAGUCCCUGUAACUGCGGUGAGUAGCCAUGGCAUGACGUUUUUUGUGUCUCAUUCCACUGAUUUCAAAGGGUCCCAACCAUCUCGAUACUUCGGGCUUUUCAACGCAAAUGGAUCUGCUUCCACACGUGUGUUGGCUGUUGAGCUUGAUAUUGCAAAAGCUGAAGAUGUUCUCGACAUCGAUGAUAAUCAUGUUGGGAUUGAUGUGAACAGCGCAGUGUCUGUGGUCUCUGCUCCCGCUUCUUAUUUCUCAGACAAAGAAGGUCGGAAGAUAGAUAUGAAACUCGUGAGUGGCGAACCUAUCCAGGUUUGGGUGGAUUAUGAAGGAACAACACUCAACGUUUCAAUUGCUCCUCUUCAUAACCAGAAACCAAGCCGACCUCUUUUGUCAUCAACAUCCAUCAACCUUACGGAGAUUGUGCAAGGUAGAAGAAUGUUUGUAGGGUUUUCAGGUUCAACGGGGUCAGGCGUGGUCAACCAGUAUGUACUCGGGUGGAGUUUUAGCAAAAGCAUGGCGUCGCUUCAGAAGAUUGACAUCUCAAAACUUCCCAAAGCUCCUCAUCCUAGCAAUAAAAAUAAGUAUAAAUCUAUUCUGCUUGAUGUUCUGCUUGGUUUACUAGGUUUAUUAGUUUUGGGGCUUCUCUUGGGAGCUUAUAUCUAUAGGAGAAACUUGUAUGCGGAAGUGAAAGAGGAUUGGGAAAAGGAGUAUGGUCCACUAAGGUAUUCCUACAAAUCUCUGUACAAAGCAACAAAAGGGUUUAGUAAAACUGAAUUUCUUGAUGCAAGACCGUCUAUGGAACAAGUGGUGCAGUACUUAAAUGGAAAUGUAGCGAUGCCUAAGAUUUGGCCAUAUUCUCCCGGAAUUGGAGCUCUCACUCCAACGACGCUUUCACCAAAACAGCUCUCGCUCGAAUCACUAUCACUAUCAAUGUCUUCUUCCUUAUCCAACAACUCAAUGUUUAUUACCAAUACGAUCCAAUACGGGAGUGGGCGGUGA